AUGGCCGCACCGCCUGCUGCGACGGCGACGCUGAUGGAGGCUCAAGAGUUUGGGGAGAUGAUGGAGCACGUGGAUGAGGUAACUUUCGCAUUGGACGGGUUGCGACGGGGCCAGCCUUCGAGGGUUCAUCAGGCCAGUUUACUGUCAUUGUUGACCGUUUGUGAGAGCGCUCAACAGCGCCGCCUUCUUAGGGCACGGGGGUGAGUGAAAAAAUAUCAAAUUUCGUUGCAAGAACUCGUAUUCGUUUAUUUUGGGUAUUACUAUAUUCAAAAUUUUAAAUGAUAGAAUUGAGACAUGAUUGUAAGAGACAUCAACAUAUUUGCUUUAGGAGAUCUUUGUUGCAUCUGGAAUCGAUUUAUUGGGCCUAAACUACAGUAAUGGCAUUUUCCCUUUCUUUCUUUCUUUCUUUCUUGCUUGCUUUCUCUAUUCCUCUUUUCUCACGGCAUGGGUUUCAAAGAAAUCUGCGUCUGACCUCGAGCCAAGUCCAGUGUGGUAUCGUGACUGUUGGAGGCCUCAGUUUAACUUCAUACUUGGAAUUAGACAAUAGCGCUGUUUCUACUGAAGAAUUUUUGCCAUCAUCUUUAUUGUCCUAUGCGACAUUGGCAUAGCGAUAGUCAGUUACCAAAUGCCCUUAACUUAUUUAUUCGUGAAAAUGUUCAUUGAAAUAAUUUCCUUUUUGUUGGUUCUCCUCAAUUCAUUUCUCCCGAUUUUUUACCUCUAGAUUUUCUAAAGAUAAACCUUAGGCACCAUGUCGGAGGAUCUGGGUAUACCUAAAUUCAUCAUUUUGCUAGUCAGAAAUUCAUAAUAUUGUUGUGAUUUUUUUUCUGCAAUUGAUAUUCAAAUCAACGUAUUUCCUCCUCUUCAUGAAUGUAAUGCCCUUGUAUUCUUAACGGCCUUCAUCUGCUGCCCUGAUGCUUUGAGAUGUAUGUACUUUUUUAGAACUACAUUGCACCUGUUAACUUUUUUUUUUCUUGUGUCUUUAGGAUGUCAAAGAAGAUAAUUGAUGCUAUUAUGGGUCUAGGAAUUGAUGAUUCCGCCUGCAGUGUUGCUGCUGCAGCUCUAUUUUAUGUUUUGGCUACUGAUGUAAGUUACUCCGAUUUCUUUUACCAAAAAUGUGUCUAAACAUGUUUUGGCAUCUGGUUAGGAGAUAUGCAUCGACUAUAAAUCCAUGUUAGAAAAAAAAUCUAGAAAUUAUUAAAGAAAGAAGUAUUUCAUGCUUCCUUUCCGUGAUUCGUUUUGUCAGCUCUUGUUCAAUGAAUUUAUUACUGUGACAAUGGACUGAAGGUUAAUAAAUCGCAAUCCUAUCGGGAAAAAUCUUCAAACGGAUUGUCAUCCUCAGUACCCUACAAACAUGAUGAAACUAUCUUUGGCUCUUGUUUAGGUUCGCCAAUCUCCACUUGCUGGUCCCGUACUUUGGUCAGUGAAGUCUCCCACAAGUCGUGAAGGUAGUGACCUGAAAUCUGAUGGGCAUUAGAUGAAAGUUGAGGAAAAUUUUGUCUGUUUUUCACAUGAAAGAAUGUGUAGUGGAUCGGCGCCUUGGAUGCCGAUGUACAGAAUUUAUUGAGAUCUCCUUCAAUCAGGUGGAAUGGAUUUGUGCUACAAGCACCCUGGGAUGUAUUAUUGAUUUAUUAAUGGACUCCUGUUGAUUUUUACGUGUAGAUCAUCAGAUUUUUUUUUUGUUUUCUUGAAAAAUAUAGAGUGGUUGUGCGUCGUUUUCACAACGUACUGGUCCAUCAUCUUUCCUUGAAUGAAAACUUAAAGAUGCAAAUUUGAAGAUCAGGGAUGGUACCCGCCUUCUGCCAAGUCAAGGAUUUUAGUUAAAUCAUGGAAGGCAUGAAACAUUUAACUGUGAGGUUGCCCCGGGAGAAAAAUAGUGAUAUGAAAAUGUUGGUACCCAUAUCACUUACGAGAUUUUAUGGACAGCGGUCGUGUCCCGUUCGUUUUGCCAUAUAAAAAAGAAACCCACUCAGUAAUAAUGUUAUAACAUUCCUCGCCAUUCAAGAUGCUCAAUAGACCGGAUAACCUGGUCUUGCCCAUUUUAUCUAAUAUAAAUUUGAAGAGUCAUAUGCAGUUCUUACAAUCGAUGGUUAAAAGGAGGGAGUUAAGGGCUGAACCAAAAGGUUAAAGGAAUUAUUUGAAGUCGAGGAAGUUAAUUCUCGCCAUUUAAGAGCUUAGAAGAAGACAGUGCUUAAAUUUUUUUUUCAGGCAAUCCAACAUAAUGAGGUCCGGACAGGUUUAAUGCAUAGGUAGUGAAGGCAUUGGGCACUGAUAGAUUCCCCCUCAGUCUCUGUCAUCCUCUUUGGAUAAAACUUGAGCAUUUGAGGCAAGUUUUAAACAAUUACAUGAAAUUAGUCAAGUUAUUUUUCUAACAUCACACCAUGUUCAAAAAGGAAUUAGGAUUUCAGAUUCGUCAGUGAAGAUAGACUGUAAGAUUGAGAUUCUGAUUAUUUUUGGGUACCAGGUUAUGGACUGCAUAGUCAGUGUCCCAAGUUUUUGGAACUAUUCUCGAUAAAAGUGGCAAUUUAGAUGAAUUAAGUUGUAAAACGGAUGACUUGCGGAAUUAAUUUUUCUUGUUUCAUACUGUUGCCUCUGAGUUUUUCUCGAAUUAAAGUUUGGGCAUGCAUGAAGUAUGAUAGUCCAAAGGACACUGCCCAGUCCUAUAAAAUGAUAAUGUCUAUUUACUGAUAAUCAUUCUCAUUCUGACAGAAGAUUCUGAAGAUGUGGAAAUCUCAAACUCAGAAGAUGAUAAUCAUUUUCCACUCGCAGAAAAUCUCAAACACUGUGUUUAGUUGAUUGCUCCCGAUUUCUAUCAUCUUCUCCUCUCUCCCACCUUUGGAAAACUCGUCUUCUUUAUGGUUGUCCUGAAGAAUACAACCUCUUCCUCCCACUUCCUAGCCUCUUACUUGAUAUUUUCCACUUUACCAUUCUGCUGUACAACCUCAAAAAAUGGUGUGCAUCAGGUUGAUACUUGUAAAUUUCCAUAUGGUAGCUUCCGUUGUUUCCAUAGUUCAAUCUCCUUUUCAAUUCUUUCUCUUCCUGUCAAUUGAUUGAACUAUUCCUCCGCCUCCUUUUUUCAUUCAGGCACUCUUCAACUCCUCAGUAUAUUGCAGUCAUCCUCAUACACGAUCAAAUUAUUUAUUCAUCGUUACUAUUGUGGAGAGCGGUGUCACACCCUUCUAUUAGGGGCGGGGGUGAGUGUUGCCUAUAGCUCUGUAUCACCUAGACAUGCCAAAGCAAUUGGUGCCUAGGGAUGCAAAAGGCAAGGCCAUUAUGGGCAUGACAUCAUAAAUGCGAUACAAACAUCAUAAACGCUUAUAUGCUUGACGUGAGAUUGACUUCUUGUGUCAGGACGAUGGUUCCAAGUGGAGGAUGCCCAUGUAUGUCCACCUAGCUUGCAUGACUAAUUCUUGUUGUGGAAAGGCCAUCAUAGUUGUAUAACCUCCAAUUCAUGAUAGAACCUCUGUGCAGAAGGGUUAAUGAUAGGAUGCUUUUUUUAUAGAGGUUGGUAGGGAUGGAUUUGGUAUGGUCCAACUGAAUUGCUUUCUCUUGCAUAGGCUAGGGAGCCCAAAAGAUUCUCUUGUUGACCUCUUUGAGCAUUAUAGUGGUCCUUGUUUGUCACCUUAAGUGUCUUGGUAUAAAAUUUAGUAGACGAAAGUGAACAAAUAAAAUAGAAGUCACUGAAAAACAAAGGAUAUUGGUGAAACUCGCUCUAAAUGUUUAAUUGAAAAAAGUGAAGGCUCAUUUGAAUUAUAGCAUCUUUUCUAGGUCUUUAAACUGUAAUAGCGAUGUCACCUUGUGUUCGUAGGGAGAACUGAAAAAAACAUUUUAUAUAUUGAACAUGAUAUCCAAGGAUUCUUUGCAGUUGAUCUUAUUAUCUCAGGUAAAGAGGGUAGCAGGUCAUAUAACUAUAAUUUAGUUGAAUAGUGUGCUUGUUUACCUUCCCGAGAAGGAAAUUGCUUUAUGAAUGGAAUCAAAUAUGUAACACUUGAAAAAAAAUUCGAUUAUUGGUUCAAUAUACUUUUACUUUCAAAUCUGGUUCUACUAUGGCAGAAAUAAAGCACGGGAUCCAACUCGUCUGUUGGCAAGAAUAUCGAUCAACUUCCAAAAAGGUUCAGAAAAGUGGAACCUAUUAUAGAACAUACGUUGCAUUACAGACAAAGUUACAGACCUAUUACGAUUCAACUUGAGAACCUUCGACAAGAUUAGAAUGUCAAAAACUGUUCAAAAGUCACAUCUAGAUAUGGGAUAUUUGUGGUACUCAAUGCUUUAUUAUAACUUAUAAAACCCUGGAAGAACAUUGACUGUGUUAAACAAGAAAAAAUGGUUUGUCCUUGCAUGUAAAACCUGUGGAAAUGUGUAUUCUAUUGUUCACAGUUGUUUUCUCGGUCAAACUCUGAAGUCUCGAAUUCUCCCCGUUUUUGAACGAUGUAAUGGUCAGAUGUUGUAGGGUAUUUUUCAUUUGAUUCCAACCUCACGGCUGGAACUUUCCUCUUAGUUAUCCUGAAAAUGCAUGAACAUAUAGUCAUUGUAAUUUCAAAUUUUCUAUACUCUGUGAUGCCUAAAUAGGAGAAACUGUCAUAAAUAUGCAACGAGUGCUUUCCUAUUAGAUUUUGGUUUAUAUGAUCUUGCCUGUACCAAACAUUUUUGGCUGUUGUUAUUUCAGGUUCCGGAUGACUACCUGAUGGACUCGCCAUCAUGUGUCAAUUUUCUGCUUAAAUUACUGAAUCCACGUGUUGCUGAAGGUGUCGACAACAAAGUUCCUACCAACGCUUGCAAGGUCUUAGCAGUACAAAAUAGUGGUAAAAAACUAGAUUCAAGUUCAACUUCAAUAAUGGAAAAGGUUCAGGAGAUUCUUUUAAGUUCCAAAGCGCUAAAACGAAGGAGUGGAGAUGAUGAUGUAGCUGGGAGGCCAGAGUUGAGCACAAAAUGGAUUGCAUUAUUAACCAUAGAGAAAGCGUGUUUGUCUGCAGUCUCUAUUCAAGGUACCUCUUAAAACUUGGAAAAAGGGCUAUGUAAGGAACUAAUCAUGCUGCCAUAAAGCUCACUAGAAGGAUGCUAGUUUCAUCAUCCCUAGUUUGUGCCAAAGCUUCGGAUGAGGAUUUUCUCUUGGAAGCAUUCUAUCCAGAGAGCUUAAUCCAUAUCAUCUAACUCUCCAUAGUCGCUAGCUAGCAUUCUACUGGUUGGCUGCGACGCUAUUAAUAUCUCGGGUGACAGAUCUUCUGAGCUAAACAUGUUUCUCGCAUUCAUUUUGUUUUGUGCAGACAUUUUUCGAUAAUUAAUUUAGGUCAUACAAUUUCCCUCUUCAUUUAAAUUACAUUUUAGGUUCUUUGUAGAUCGAUUGGUAGACAAGUUUCGUAAAUUGCUGUUUUCUUUUUGUAAUUCUAUGAGAGUUAAGAUUCUCUCUGUCGGUUAUUUUCCAUAUUUUCUCAGAUACCACUGGAGCAGUGAGCAGGGUAGGGGGAAACUUCAAGGAAAGGUUGAGAAAACUUGGAGGACUUGAUGCAAUCUUCAGUGUUGCUGCGAGAUCCUUUUCAAGGAUGAAGGUCAGUAUGCCUGUUUAAUCCGUGCUAUUGUAAUAUAAUCAGCAUAAUUCAUUAGUAAAUGUAAUAAAUAUAUUCUGCUGAUUAUUUCAUUGCACUGUGUCUCACCAAUCUAUAAUUUUUUUUUUCUGAAUUUGUUUAUAUGGUUGUCAUUGUGGUAUAUUCUUGUUUUUUUGUUCUCAGGGACGGUUAGAUAAUGGCUUUUCUUCAUUCUUGGAGCGUAAAGGUGUAGAUAUGGAAAGCAUAGUACUUCUUUUGAAAUGCUUCAAGAUAAUGGAAAAUGCUACAUUUAUGAGUAGUGAUAACCAGGUAGUGAAAGUAGUUCCCUGAUAUUUUUUGCCCGAGUUGUUUGAUUCCGGAUCCUUUUUACCUUUUAUUGUUGACAUUUAUUUUCCAAAUUUAUUGGAUAGAACCAUCUUCUAGAGAUGAAAGCAAAGGUGGACGAUGAAGGACUGCCUCUUUCCUUUGUCAGGCUAGUAAUAAGCGCAAUCAAAAAAAUUUCAGGUACUUUAACAGUAAAAUAUUUUUUUUAUGGUUCUUUAUUUUCUAAUAUAACAUACAUUUUCCUGGUUUUUAUGUUUUUUGUAUUAACGCAAUCAGUGGUCCAUUGCAGAUCUUUCUUUGCGUCAAACUUAUCCCCAUCUUUCCAAGCAGCAGCCAAGUUAUCUCUUGAAGGGUAUGCCUUAGCCAUUUCGAACUCCCGAGCUUCAUUCUUUUGUUAGGAAAAAAUUUAAAGUAUUUGCUGAUUAUAUGCGAUGAAUUUUUUUUUAUACGAGCAGGGCAGAACCUUUUUCUGGCUUUUCUCCACUUACAGUAAUGUAGCUCAUCAAACAAAUUUGCCAUCAUUAUUUGAUCUUUUCUACUCGUGAACUAGUUUUGGAUAUGAUUUGUGUGCUUUUUCGGUAUUUAUCUGUGAGGAUAUGCCUCAGGACCUCAUUUCAAACACGUUGGUGCUGCAUGUUUGUUUCUGUGAUAAGCGGCUUGUAAUUUUUGAUUUCUCUUUUAUCUAACUUUGCUCUUCCUGAAAAUCUUCAGAUGACUGCUGUUGGAUUUCAUCAGGUGAGUUUGGCGGGGAUUAUUUCACUCAAAGGUUACCCUACACUCAAAAGUCAAAGUCAUGUCAGAAGCGUCAAAGAUUGUCUUCUUCAAAAUCGGAAUCUUCUGUUUCUCAUCCAGAAGAAACAAUUGCAUCUGGCAUUAACGUUAACUACCCGAAGUCAAGAACACACCAUAGUCCACCAGACUCUUCCGAAAAGAGAUUAAAUUGUUCUGUGACAAGCCUUCCUACGAAUGCCAAAGUUUCAAAUGUCAACCCCAUUAGAGGCUCAAGUGGAUGGAUUUCUAUAAAUAUCAGUAAAUCAAAAAUCAAUUCUGUGAGUGGUUCGGUGGAGCGUUUUGUCAUCAGUGGUAAUGAAUUGAAAAGAAGUCUCCCGAAUGAGUCAAGUAAGGGCUUAUCCUUGAAUGGAAGUUGUUCAAAGAUGGGUUCUGUUCAUCUGAAGAAAAGGCCUCAGGCUACAGUGAAACCUAAGAGUGAAAGCAUUAAAAGUGUCUAUGAUCCAUUCGCGUUCGAUGAGGAUGAUGGCAGUGCUUCAAAGCAGAACGAUGCUGGAUUAGAUGACAAACUGGACCCUUCACCGGAUCCAUUUGCAUUUGAGGAAGAUGAAUCAGGCCCCACAAAGUGGGAGAUGCUGGCGAAGAGGAAAGGGACAUCUGAAAAGUGUCAAAGCACAGUUGUUGACUUGGAGUUGGAAGAUGGACGAAUGCUAAUGUGUGGCAAUCCUGAAUCUACCAAGGAAGAAAACAUCUAUCCUGAUUACUCUUGUUCUUAUGUGGUUGAUGAGGAUGGUGGUGUUUUAGAAGACUGUCUACUGACUGCAGUCAAGGUAAAUCCUACACUAUCUUCAAUCAUCAGAUACUUUCAAAUUUCUCUUUCUCAUGGGGUUCCUUGUGUGUCAAGGGAAGAAGUUGGGAGUGUAUAGCGCCAAAUGAACAUUAUAUUCGGCACAUAAUAUGCACUUUCUUGCUAAAAUUAGGAUUAAUGGGGUUCCUUGUGUGAUAUUUUUCUGGGAUCACCUUUUAUAUCUCUAGCAGGUGUUUUUGGGUUUGCUUUUCCUUUAACUGGGUACACUUUUCUCUGUUCUCCAGCACAAAAGGUUCACUAGCUCCUUUUUUUUUUCAUGUUAUUUAUUGUAUGCACGUUGGUGGAGUAGAUCAUUCCAACAAGUUUAUAGUGCCUUUUGACCGAAUAAGGUUUAAAAUUAUCCUGUCAUGGCGUGUUUUCAUUCAGCCAAUUUUUUUGUUUCUCUUGAUUUUGCAAUUAUUUGGCAUGUCAUCAUCCUUGUAUUUGUGAUUCCUGAGAUAGAUGCUGCAUCUCAUCACUCCAUUUCCACUACCACUGAGAUGAAAAGACAUGUUGUCGGAGAUACAGCAUGAAUGCUAUUGACUCACAUGCUCUCUAUUGACUUUGCUUUAUGCAAUAUGGACUCACAGGCGCAAUAAUGUCCAUUAAUGUAAAAUAUCUCAACCCCAGCCACAUUUUUAGAAUUGACUUUUUCAGAUGCAUGGUUUCUUCCUGUUGUAGCUUCUUCUGUUUAGUGAAUUUGUCGUGCUUAAAACCCUUUUGUAGUGAAGGCAUAAUUGCUACUUUCUAAAAGCUUCAUGCCAUGCAAGAUGAUGAGAGAGGUUAAUUUCGGCCCCAGCUUCCUUGCAAUGUUCUCCCUUCGCUGUACAUGAGGAAAAGUGGACGGAGUCGUCUGUAUACUAGCCAAUUCUUGUUGGAAGCGAUUGCUAGAUAAGAUCCAUUAGGUCGUGUAAAAAAUAAAAAAAAUGGAACCUUUUUUUUUUUUGUUCAGUUGUGUUUUAUCUGAGAAAGCAUCUUCGAAUUACUGACUAAUUUAUCCUCGGAUUUCUUCCCAGGUUCUGAUGAACUUGACGAACGACAAUCCAAUAGGUUGUCAGCAAAUCGCUGCAUGCGGAGGGCUUGACAUGUUGGCUUCCUUAAUUGGUAGUCACUUCCCAUCGUUUGACUUCUUCCAGCCGGUGGAUAAUCCAUUAGAUGAAACCAUCUCAGCGUCCAAGUCAAGCGCUCACCCAGGAUCCUCGGAAAGCAAGCAUCUCAGCGACCAUGGACUAGAUUUCCUCGUGGCGAUCUUGGGAUUACUUGUGAACUUGGUGGAGAAGGACAAUCAAAACAGGUCAAUCUCACUGCUUUCUCUAUUAUCUGCAUCUGUUUAUGAUGGUCAUGCCGUUUUUGUCAAGGUUUCCAAUGGGAACCUUCGAUACCAAUCAGUUCCCUUAAUUUUCUCUUUCUUUAUUUCCUUCUUUCUUUCUUUGUUCUCUAUGAGCGCAUGAUCCAGAGGUUGCAGGGUUCAUCCCUGCCAUUCUUCCUCUAACACGGGAUCGUUGUGCCCUAGUGGUAUUCAGUAUUAGGAUGGUGUUGUCGGAUAACCCUUACGAUUCGGCUGACUAUCUCCAGGUCACGGCUUGCGUCUGCGAGUAUUCCGGUGGUCCAUUCUGGAGGACGAGAAGAUGUGGGUCGUCGUAGGGACGUGAUAUCAUUGCUGUGCUCGAUUUUCCUGUCUAAUAGAGGCUCCGGCGAAGCCGCUGGAGAAGAGAAGCCCCUGUCGUAUGUGAGUAAAUAUCAUAGCUUCUUGUGUUCGAUUCAUUGUAGAUUGGUUGUGCAGAUCGACGGCACCAGCAUAAUCGGCUCUGAUUAAGUCGAAAUCCUUGUAAAAAUUGUCCUGGACAGGAUGACGAGUUUGCCUUGCUGCAAGGAGAGAAGGAAGCCGAGAUGAUGAUCAUCGAAGCUUACGCGGCCUUGUUGCUCGCGUUUCUUUCCACAGAGAGGUUCUCUCUCAGUCCCCACUUGAGACCGAUGCGGCUUGGAUGUCUCCCGGUCUUCUAACUUUCUAGUUUCUGCAGUAAAACGUCGAGGGAAGCCAUCGCCGGGUGCCUUCCGGACCAGAAGCUGGAGGUUCUUGUGCCCGUCUUGGAGAAAUUUGUGGUGGGUUUCAUUUGGUUUUUGGACUGAUUUCUUCUUCCGAUCGUGUCGGCCGAAUUUCUCCACGGCGUGAUCUUUUGCCUUUCUCUCUUCUUUUUGCAGGCGUUUCAUGUGUCGUUGAACAUGAUAUCUCCAGAAACCCAUCAGAUAGUCGCCGAAGUCAUCGAAUCGUGUAAAGGUUCCUAG